ACUAGUUUAAAGGCAGUGCACGCACAGCGGAGCGGUCAAUAGCUUCCAACACAACACUCGUUGGGCCCGCACAAAAGCAAUGAACUUAAGCUAAAUGGGUGUAUCACACUUUCGGUCGCCACUUCAAUUGCUCUUGUUUUUUCUGGCGCAUCUUGUGAAUGGAUUAUUGGACUCGUGUCUCAGAGAACCCUCAGUGAUCAGCGGCAGCCAAAGCUAGGUCCUGACGCCGGAGAAAUAUGCAAGCGUCCUAUACGAUGGCAGUCUUUAGUCAUCAGGUGAUCGUUGCAGUCACGAGAACACGGGGAUCAUAUUUGUUGACCAAGAAGCACAGCUGCUCCUCUCUGUCUUCUAAAGCCUAUCUCCACAUCCACCCUCCCCACCACAUCCUUACCCCACUCCCACUCCAACUUUCUCGUUAUGGUUACCCCCACUGCAGCCGAUGCCAUGCCCUUGAUCGUGGUCAUGCCAUUGCCCUGUUUGCCCGCUCUUUGCAUAGUUCACGUGUGUGUCUCCAGGAUCUAAAGCCAGAAGACAGUAAGAGCUCACCUGCUGCUGCACCGGACCCUUCUGCGGCAGCUAAAAAGAACUCUGCAGCCACUGUGUCUCAAUCUCAGGCUGCCUUACCAGCAACAACCAUUGUGGCCCCUGCUGCUCCGGUGCAGGAGAAGGCAGUUGUGAAAAAAUCUCUGUAUCAGAGGGCUGUGGACGAGUUGAAGCAUUAUUACAAUGGCUUUCGGUUACUGGGAAACGACGUUAAAAUUGCAGGGAGGAUGGGGUGGAGGCUGUUACACGGACAAGUCCUUACAAGGAGGGAGAGGAGAAGGCUGAUGAGGACCUGUGCCGACCUCUUCCGGCUGGUUCCCUUCACAGUGUUUAUCGUUGUUCCCUUCAUGGAGUUCCUUCUGCCCGUCUUCCUGAAACUCUUCCCAGAGAUGCUGCCCUCCACCUUUGAGACAGAAUCUAAAAAGGAGGAGAAGCAGACGAAGGGUCUGGCAGCAAAGCUGGAGCUAGCUAAGUUUCUGCAGGAGACCAUUGCAGAGAUGGCCAUCAGGAACAAAGCUAAAGCUCAGUCCGAGAAUGAAACACAGCGCUUCUCCACAUAUGUCCAAAAGGUUCGUGGCACCGGUGAGCAGCCCAAAACAGAAGACAUUGUCCAGUUCUCUAAGCUGUUUGAAGACGAACUCACGCUGGAGCACCUGGAGCGCCCCCAGCUGGUGGCUCUGUGCAAACUGCUGGAGCUGCAGCCCAUCGGCACCAACAACUUGCUGCGGUUUCAGCUGAUGAUGCAGCUGAGGACCAUAAAAUCAGAUGAUGAGAUGAUUUCAGCAGAGGGUGUGGCAGCUAUGAGUGUGUCAGAAUUACAGGCAGCUUGUCACAACCGUGGGAUGAGGUCACUGGGUCUGACCAGUGAUCAGCUACGUGUGCAGCUGCAGCAGUGGCUGGAUCUGCACCUGAAGGAGAACGUCCCUCCCUCACUGCUGCUGCUCUCCAGAGCCAUGUACUUGACUGAGCUCAAACCAAAACCACCAGUCAUCCCACCUGUUCCCAAACUAGAGAAAGCUGCCCCUUCUCCUCCCUCUCCUGCCCUCCCAGUGGAGAACACAGGAGCUAACCCCUCCUCCUCCGUCGGUACUGACAUGUUGGUGGAUCCCGCUCUCAUCAUCAAAGACCGAUCGGUGGAAGAGUUAAGAGACAGAGCUCCCGUGGUCUCAGACGAACAGCUGACACCCGCUGAAGUCCUUCAGGCUAAAGCUGCAACAGAGCUGUCCCAGAAGAGCAAAAUGAGUGUCAACGGUGUGUGAAGAGGAUCCAGGAUCUCUGGAGUGAAGAGGAGAUGGGCGCCAUUCCAUACUUCAUGAGACCUUCUUUUGUUUGAGGUCCUCAACUUGGUUAAAACAAGCUUCUGUUCUGUGUGGAUUAGAAGGAGAAAAGCAAUCUGAACAAAUCUCAUGGGGGAGAGCAGAGUAGAUGUCUACUGGUGUUUUUGCUUCAUGUUAGCAGCAGCAGCUUCCUUGUACCUUACUAUUGUCCACUCCAUUUAUUGUACCUCUCCACUUAACCAGACAGAACUCUUACUAGAUCAUUUUCCUGUAAGUUGAUUUAGACCCAGCCUCAACCGUCUCCUCCUGUAAAUAUGUUGUACAUUUUCCUCCCUGUCUCAUCGCACAGCAGCAGCACCUUUUUACAGUUUGCAAUGCAAAGGCUGAAUAUCUUCUCAAAAUCUUUCUAUUGAAGAUGAAUUAUUCCCUUUUUUUAUUUUCUUUACUUUUAUUUGCCAAACAUUAACUCUUGUUCAGGAUAAAAAU